GGAACAGGGGAACAAGGGGAACAGGGGGGAACAGGGGAUAAAGGGGGACAAGGGGAACAGGGGAAACAGAGAGGAAUCGAGAAAAAGAGGAACAGUUGGAACAAGGGAGAACAGGGGAACAAGAGACGUUCGAGCUUACUAUUUAUAUGUUAAAAAUGUAUUGUAAGAGGGCACGUCCGUUGUCCUCUCAUUCGCGACUCUCUUCACUUCACUCUCUCUUCAAGAGAGACAAGAGUACAGGGCGAACAAGGGGAUAAAGGGGAACAAGCGGAACAGGAGAACAAGGGCAACAAGGGGAACCGAGAAAAAUGAGGAAUAGGUGGAACAAGGGGGAACAGAGGAACAAGAGCACAGGGGGAACAAGCGGGAACAGGGGAACAGGAGAACAGGAAAACAGGGGAAUAAGGAAACAAGGGAACAGGGAAACCAAGGAACAAGGGAAC